ACUUAGAACUUACAACACUGCAAACAAACAAACAAACAAAACACUUUCCCUCCCUAUUCACGGCUUCCGUAGCCGCUGCUGUUUGUGCUGCCUCUGUGUUCAUCACCUGGGCGGAGCGCUGGUUGAAGGAACCGGGCAGUCAACACACUCCGCUCUUCGAACCGAACACGGCGGACAACCUCGUCUCGCCUGAACAGCCCGAACAUGGCUGACAGUCACCAGCACCCGGUUUUCUUCGAGUGCGGCGUCCUGCAGGGGAGACAGCUGCGGAGGAUAGAGAAUUAUUUCCGUGUUCGCCGCAAGUCAGGCGGAGGAGAGUGUGGACCACUGAGGACCGUGAAGGGGACAGUCUACUGCGUUGCUUUCAAACACCAGAGAGAUCAGCAGAACGUACUGCGGAGGUCUAGGCAUGUUGUGGAUGAUCUGGUGUUAACUGUGCGAGGCAGCCUGGACCCUCCCACCCCCACCCCCACCCCCACUCCCACCUCCACCUCCACUGGCAGCCAGGUUUUUACUCCUCAGGUGCAGCCACAGCAGUCCAUUCCUGCCUCAACACCUCCACCAAGUGGUGAAAAAUACGAACGACCACUUGAUUCUUACCUCAUUCAGUACCUAAAGGAGUGUCCCAAGGCGGAGAAAGAACUACAGGAACGGCUCGCCUCUGUUGCCUCCUCUGCUCAGUCUUUCCCAGAUGAGAAGAGAGUUUUAGUCAGGAGUUUAGCCCAACUUGGUUCUGCAGAUGAAGUUGGACAAUGGAAAGCCAAAGUAGAUCAACUCUUUGAUGGCUACCUGUGCCACUAUGAGGUGGACCCUCACAAAAUCAAAGCCUUGCUUCAGUCCUGCAGCAGCUCUCCUCAGAGCACAGAUGAGGUGAAGGUGUACAGUGAGGUUGGCGUGGCUGUUGUAGUUGGGGAGCGCUCUCAGGUGAAUGCCAAGCUGAAAGAUGUUGAGGACUCACGUGUUAAACGUGAGAAGCAAACCAGGAUUCGUCGACUGGGCGAAGCCAAACUCUGUCUGCUCUGGAGAGAGAUUAAGCACAGUUUAGGACGAGAUUUUCCAGGAGUGAAAGUCACGCAGGGAGAUGCAGGUCAGAUAGUUUUGGAGGGUUCUGUGGAGGAGAUUCUGAAGGCUGGAGAGUUUAUUACUGGCCUGGAGAAUCUGGUGUUAGAAAGGUCAGUCUCUUACAUGAGCCCACAUCUUUUGGCCUUCCUGAAAAAGGCGUACGGAUGUCCAGCUGUGCUAGGUGACUUUUUGCGAGUUGGUGGAAAAGUGCAAGUAGAAUUACGGGACAGAGAGCUACGUUUGUUCGCCCUCUGUGCUGAUACACUGGAUGAAAUAGAGAAGGCACUGCAGCGUGAGAUCAAGGAAGUCAAGAUUGAUGUUCCUAACUGCUCUGCUGUUCCACCUGAGCUUCAGGAACAGCUCAAGUCCAAGACAAAUGAGAUGAACCAAGGGCAGUACAGGGCUCAGGUCUUGUUUGGCUCAGAUGGCACAGUUACCUUAUUGGGCCACAUGAACGAGGUGGAAGAGCUGGUUACAUUUCUGGACUACUUUUUUGAGGAUUGUGUCACUAUUGACCCGCUAGGGGCCGUAGAAUAUGUCCGAGGGCCCACUGGGAAAGAUGAACUCUUAAAUGUUGAACAGAAUUUGGCCUCUUUGAGUUUGAAUGAAGCAAACACAACAGUUGCGAGCUACAGCCUCCACGAUGGCCUCCAGGUGCUGGUGUGCCAGGGUGACAUCACCAAACUGGAUGUUGAUGCUCUGGUGAACGCUGCCAAUGAAGAUCUUGACCAUGGUGGAGGUGUUGCUGCUGCGCUGAGUAAAGCAGGUGGCCCUCAGGUGCAGAAGGAGAGCCAUGCUCUUGUAAAGCAGAUUGGGAAAAUACCUACAGGUGAAGUGGUAGUGACCACAGGGGGGAACUUAAACUGCAAGAUACUGCUGCAUGCUGUUGGGCCUGUACGUGGACAAUCAGGUGGCAGAGAGAGGGCGUUACUGGAAAAAACUGUCCAGUCUGCUUUGGAUUUAGCAGAAAUGUUUGAGCUGGAGUCCAUAGCUAUGCCCUGUAUCAGCUCAGGUCUGUUUGGUGUCCCUGUAGCGGUGUGCUCAGAGGCUAUUGUGACUGCAAUUAAGAAGUUUGGUCGUGAGGGAGGGCGAAGUCUGAGCAGAAUCAUCCUGAUUGAUAGCAGAGGAGAGAUGGUGAGGGCCAUGAAGGAGGCAUGUGAUCGGCUCCUCCAGGGGAUGAAUACCAGAAACAGUUCACCAAGUGAUUCAGGGUUCCAGAUGGAUAUUGAUGCCCAAGACACAGCCAGAGGAGCCACUGCUGGAGCUCCUGGAGAUGGUGUCCGUCUAGAGGUCAUUCAGGGAACCAUCGAGACCCAGCAGGUCGAUGCUGUGGUAUCGCCCAUGGUUGGCCACGAUCCUGUCUCAACCCGCGUCGGGAACACUUUGUACGAGAUGGUUGGACAUCAGCUGACUGCAAGGUUCAGAGAGGAGGCAGGAGGAGAAACGAUGCCUGGUGACACCAUCCUGGUGGAAGGCUUGAGAGGGCUUCCGUCCAAUGCGGUGUUCUUCCUCAACCUCUUUCCCUGGGAUGAUGACCAGGAAGGAGGUGCAGUCCAGGUUCUGAGACUGGGCAUCAACACAAUCCUGACUUCCUGUGAGGAAAGAGGGUUUGGAUCAGUUGCUCUCCCGGUGCUCGGAGCUGGGAUUGUCCUACGUUUUCCUGACAGCGUGGUAGCCAAGGUUCUGCUGGAGGAAGUUUGUAAGUUCGAACAGAACCGAAUCAGCAGAACACCAAUGCUGAUCAAUAUCGUCAUCCACCCCAAUGAUGAAAAGUUUUGUGAGGUCUUCAAGUCUGCCCAGGAAGCUUUCCAACUGAGAGGAUUCCCAGACGCUGUUCACCAAGCAGAUGAAGUGUCAACUUCAAAGAGGAUCGUCCUGCUGGGAAAAACUGGAUCCGGGAAAAGCAACCUGGCUAACACCAUAUUUGGGGAGAAAUUAUUCAUCACCAAUGAUUCUCCCAACUCCGGAACAAGCACAUGUCAAGCAGAAACCAGAUCUGUCAAUGGACGAAGCAUCACUCUGAUCGACACUCCUGGGUUUUUUGACACAAGGGCGGGUGAGGAGGAUCUGAAGCCUGAGAUCGUGAGUUGUAUCACAGAAUGCUCUCCUGGGCCUCAUGCUUUCCUCAUUGUGCUCAAAGUGGAUAAAUUCACAGAGCAUGAGCAGGCUGUCAUCACCAAAAUGUGCCAGUAUUUCUCUAAAGAUGCACUAAAAUAUGCUGUGAUUGUCUUCACUCACGGUGACCAGCUCCCUAAAGGGAUGAAAAUUGAGGACUUUGUCAGGCAGAAUAAGAAACUGAGUGAUCUGGUAGACAGUUGCGGAGGUCGAUGCCACGUCGUUGAUAACAGAUACUGGAAUAACAAAGUGCAGAAUAACUACAGGAGCAACCAGUUCCAGGUGGAGGAGCUACUUAAAACAAUAGACAAGAUGGUGAUGGAGAACAAUGGCGGCUACUACUUCAAUCAAGUGUUUGAAGCAGUGGAGAAAGAAAUCCAGAAAGAAGAAGAUCACAUUAGACAGUCAGCAGGAAACAUGCCUGUGGAAGAGGUCAGAAAACAGGCUAAAAGCACAGUGUCGAAGAGGUUUCUGAUCAACCUGGCAGGUACGACAACAGGAGUGUUGUUGGGAGCUUUUUGCGGCGUAGCAGCAAUGGUUGGAUUAGUUCUAACGGCUCUGCAGAAUACAACAGUUGUGAUGAAAUUCCUGAAGAGCAUGCCAGCACUGGGAGGGGCAGCCGGCGUGGCAGCAGCAGGGGGAGGAGAAGUUGCGGUGGUCGCUGCUGGAGCGGUUGUAGGAGCGACUGUCGCAGCAGCAGGGGGAGUUUGGGGAGGUUUUAUUGGACGUGAAGCAGCCGAGGGAGCAGAAACUCUGUCGGAGGCAGUAGAGAUGGCAGCAAAUGCUGUCUACAACGAAGGAAAAAAAUUGGUGAAAUUUUAACUUAUCUUUCUUGUGGGGUCUUUUGGGGGGCAGCGGUGCAACAUGGCAACAUUAUCUACACAUCUUGGUGAAAGAUCUGAAAUAAUCCUCAAUCACAGUUUGUCUGUCUCACAACCUUGUGAAUGGCAGGAAAACUACCUGGUUAGUUUUAGGCACUUGGUUCAGGUAAUGAAACUGGUCAGUUGGGUUUUGGCAUUAAAUCCAGCAGAGAGCCCCUUUUCAAAAGGGAAUAAACCCACUAAAAACAGAUGUUUAAUUCUUCUCCUGUUGCCAGUAGAGUAAUUUGCCUGCAUUUUUUUUGUCUGCUUGAUGAAGGUUGAUAAGAGAGCCAGAAAACCAAAACAAUGAUCCUAAAGAGGUUAAAAGGGAUCCAUAGAGCUGAAGGGAACUGCAGGGUCGGGUGAUAAGUCUUUUUGGGUUUGACACUACGAGUGACAACUUCCGGGUCGCACACAUUGUUUAAAAAAGAAAAUAUAUAUACAUAUAUUUUAUUUCAGCUUUGAAUGAAGGGAAGAAGGACCACAAAAGUAUCAAAACUAGAUAAGCGGUGGCUCUGACACAGGUGGAGGGAAAAGUCAAGUUUGUCGUCACUGAUCACUUUUAAAUAAAGAUUUAUUUUGUAAUAAGAUUAUAUGAGAUUAAUUCUGUCUAGAUUUAUUUAUUUUAACAUGUUUGAUGAUGAGUUGCCUUUUCCACCGAUCUUUAUUCUCUCUAUUUAUAUGUGUAUUUUCCACAAUAAAAGCGUUGAUUGCUCAA